AUGGCGGCCGCCCCAGACCCAGAUGAAAUACUUUGUUCUACCAGUGGAAAAACAAAUUUCCAACGGAUUACAAGACUGUUAAUCAGUGGAGGAACAAGCCUACUGAGGGAGAUUUUUGACUCCAUAUAUCCUCCAAGUCAUCUUCCUACGAUUCUUGGCAAUCCCGUAACAAAGAGCCAGCUUAAAGGUGCAAAACUCACCAUGCCCCAGUGGCACUGUCUUUGUCCAUCCCCAGGGAUGUAUGGCAAGUCGGCCGAUUUUGAUGUCACUUUGCUGUUUCGUUUGUUGAGGACAAUACGUAACCUCGCCCCUCCAGCCACAGGAUGGGAUGCACUACCAGCCAGUACAGAUUACAGUUUAACAGCUGAUAUAGCAAGAAUAAAGUUUUACCGCAACUCUAUCUAUGGUCACGUGAACCAGGGCAUGGCAAUAACAGAUGAUGAGUUUCCAACACUUUGGCAGGAAAUCAGUGAAGCUCUUGUGAGGAUUGCUGGGCAGAUAAGUCCUGCACGGAAAACUGCAUGGCAAAUUGCCAUUGCUAAAUACUUGACAGAUCCUCUUACAGUUGAAGAUGAAAGAAAUCUGCAAGAACUAGAGGCAUGGCAUAAAAGUGACAUGGAUGUCAAGAAGUCGAUUGUGGAAGUCAGUGAACGCAUCAGUCAUUUGAAGGUGAGAUUUAGUAUUUCUAUCUAAUUUAUUUAUUUAUUCAUUUUUUCACCAUACCAAGUAAAUUAGUCACCAGUUUCCUUACUUUACUGUUUUUUGAUCACGCUGACACGGUUAUAAUAUCUUAAUUCUACGUUGAGACAUAGCAGUACCGAAAGAUUUCCAUUCGGCGACCUUUCAUCCUGUUCUAGGUACAUAUUGCCAAUCAAACAUUUUUCCAGACACGCUUUUGACCCACGGGCCCGUUUCUCGAAAGUCCCGAUAAUUUACGGGUCCGGUAAGCUGUUGCCAUUUACAUUAAAUAGCUUGGCAUCUAACAUCAUAGAACUUUCAGUUAAUAAAACAAAAUGCAGUAGUUUGUUAGCGAGGACCCGCGCUUUAUUCUUCAUAUUUCGAUUUGGAUAGAUAUUUGAUUUCGGGCCCAAAAAGUUACCGGGACUUUCGAGAAACCGCCCCCCGGGCCUUAACCCGCAGCCCCCACCCCUCCCCAGCCAGGCCCCAUAACCCACACCAAAAUAUCACACAUAUAUUUAAAUAUUACUUAUUAUACGGAUUUCCUGUGAAUAGUCUACGUUCGAUAUAUUAAAAUUCUAUCAUGCCUUCGAAGCUACGAUUUCUGGUCAUUUUACUAUAUUUGGUUUUGCUUUCUUUGUGCCAGCUCAAGCCUCUUUCAUGGGAAUUGCGAGAUAAUGACAAUGGAGUGGUGAAAAAAAUUGCACUUUUGACAGUAAAGCCUCAGAGUCAAGUUAGAAUUUUAAUAUAUCGUACGUGGACUAUUAUUAGUUAAUGGGCCCUUAAAAGCAAGCAUUCAUAUAUUUUUUCAUGACUGAAACUGUGAAUGUUUGCAGACUGUAGUUCAAGAGGAGUCUAAAAAUGUCAAAGAAGAUCUGAGAAAAAUUAUCGAGUCAGUGGUUCGUGAAGAAACACAAGAUAUCAAGAAAGAAAUUAAAGCUAUGUCUCGUGGCGUAUUUAUGGCAGCAGCUCAUCAGGAAGCAAAAGACAUCAACAAUCCACUGGGGGGAAAGAACCACUCGACGGACAGAGACAGUUCCUUAGCAUCCCAAAGUCAGUUAUCUGAGGGUAGGUUGUAUAUCCUCUACGUCAUACAACUUAUUAAAUGCAGAAGGACCUUGAUAUAGGUGGAUUCAUCGUGACCUCAUUGUUUACAUUUUUGCUCAUAAGCAUACCUGUUAAUCCAUAGAAGAUGUAGCCGCAUAUACCAAUAGACCUUUCCCAUAUUACGCUCAGUUUUUGUAAAUUCUGGGGUUUUUCAAAAAGAAUUUCUCCGAAACUAUGGGGUAUAUCGAGCUCAAAGUUUCAGAGAUAACUGCUGAAAUUGUUGUAAAUGCUCUUUCAAUAUUCAGAAAUUUCAUUUUAUUAGCGUCAUCAGAUAUUGAUAAGCCUAUGCCAGUGAGGCAAAAAAUGUAAGCAAGAAUUCGCCUAUACUGUCAAAUCUUAGGCUACCGUCAUUCACACGGUACCGGACAAAUUUUCGACCGAUAGAAAAUUCGUGCGUUUUAGUGUGUCACGGAAUUACCUUACCGUAUGAAACUUUAGACGCCGAGCUAUUCAAAGUUCAUAUUGAACAGUCCCGUGUGAACGAAGUGGCAGGUCAAAUUCUGCACAGAAUUAAAACUGGGUCGAUUAUAUUUUGAGAAAACCCGAUUAUAUCCUCUCACAAUGGGUGGAAUACACUCCACUCGUGACUCCCCUCCCCUCCCCCAUACGUCCAAACGUUUAAUAAUACAAGCGAACCUUUCCUGAAAAGUAGCUCUAGAAUAUGAGAAACCUCUAUUGCGGACAUUUCUCGUCAUCGUAAAGGAACAUUCGAGGGUGAAAGUUCAGAGAAGUCAUAUUGAUUUUCGUUUCUUCCAGAAUAUAGGAAACCAGAGGGAAACUCAGAUCUCGGAGAGUAUCCGAGGCAUCAAAUCAAGAACUCACAAAGACAAAACGAAAUUAAAUUGUCAGAAUCAAAUGAAAGGUUACCAAAGCCUACAAUGGCUUAUCAGAAGCCAGCUUCGGCAACAUACACUGGAGGUAAGCAGCUUCUAGAAAGUGAAGACACAGACGUGACUUACACACGCGUUGACGAAAAAUUUGGAAAGUCCUUGGAAGAGAAAGUUAGCCGUCAAAGAACACGUGAUUCUCUCGUGAGCUCAACCCGAUCGCGUGUGCGUCUUCCUCGCAGAGAGGUUAUCUUUGUAAAACCCUUGUCUGGAAAAACAGUAACAUUAGAAAUUGAGCCCAGUGUUACAGAAACUGUUCACAGUGUCAAAGUGGAAAUUGAAGGCAAGUUGGGAAUUCCCUUAGACAAACGGACUCUCCUAUUCAAUGGCAAGAGACUGGAAGAUGACCGAGCUUUGAGCGACUACAACAUCCCGAUGGAAUCGGUACUGCACUUGGUUCCUGCUAUGCAAAUUUUCGUAAAAAUGCUGACUGGAAAAAUAAUAAGUUUAGAAACUGAACCAAAUGAUACUAUUGAUAAUAUUAAAGAGAAAAUUCAAGACAAGGAAGGAAUUCCAGCAAAAAACCAACGUCUAUUUUUGGUUCGCAAACAGUUAGAAGAUCGAUACACUCUGAGUUAUUACAACAUCCAAGAGCAAUCAACACUGCACUUGGUUCUCAAACUUCCUAGGAUUAUGCCAAUUUUCAUAAAAACGCUGACUGGAAAAACAAUAACUUUAGAAACGGAACCAAGUGAUACUAUUGAGGAUGUAAAAGUGAAAAUUCAAGACAAGGAAGGAAUCCCACCAGAUCAACAACGUCUCUUUCUUUUUGGCAGAGAGUUAGAAGAUCGAUACACGCUAAGUUAUUACAACAUCCAAAGGGAAUCAACACUGCGCUUGGCUGUCAAACUUUCUGGGAUUAUGUCAAUUUUCACCAAAACGCUGACUGGAAAAACAAUAACUUUAAAAACUGAACCAAGUCAUACUAUUGAGGAUGUAAAAGUGAAAAUUCAAGACAACGAAGGAAUCCCACCAGAUCAACAACGUCUCUUUUUUUUUGGCAGAGAGUUAGAAGAUCGAUACACGCUAAGUUAUUACAACAUCCAAGAGGGUUCAACACUGCACUUGGUUCUUAAACUUCCUAGGAUUAUGCCAAUUUUCAUAAAAACGCUGACUGGAAAAACAAUAACUUUAGAAACGGAACCAAGUGAUACUAUUUAUAAUGUUAAAGAGAAAAUUCAAGACGAGGAAGGAAUUCCACGAAAAAACCAACGUCUCAUUUUUGCCGGCAAACAGUUAGAAGAUCAACACACUUUAAGUUAUUACAACAUCCAAAAUGAAUCAACACUGCAAUUGCGUUACAUAUUUCCUAUGCCAAUUUUCAUAGAAACGCUGAUUGGGAUAACAAUAACUUUAGAAACUGACCCAAGUGAUACUGUUGAGGAUGUAAAAAUGAAAAUUCUAGACAGGAAGGGAAUUCCACCAUAUCAACAAUGUCUCAUUUUUGCUGGCCAAAAGUUAGAAGAUCGUUACACUUUAAGUUAUUACAACAUCCAAGACGAAUCAACACUGACCUUGCUUAUCAGCGGACUCGAUUCUUUUACCAGACCAAUUUUCAUAAAAACGACAACAGGAAAAACAAUACUUUUAGAAACUGAACCAAGUGAUACUAUUGAGAAUGUAAAAGUGAAAAUUCAAAACAAGGAAGGAAUUCCAACAGAUCAACAACGUCUCAUUUUUGCUGGCCAAAAGUUAGAAGAUUGUUACACUUUACGUUAUUACAACAUCCAAGACGAAUCAACACUGACCUUGCUUCUC